CCAUUAUAUUGUACAUUUUAUGUCGCAAUAAAAAUUUAUUGCUUAAAUCCACGAGAUAACUUCUUGUAUAAAAUGUAUCGAGUAAAUUAAAAAAUUAUAGUUUUACUUCAAAAAAACAUACAUCAGAUUUGAAAUGAAAUCCCUGCUUCUUACUGUAGCCUUCAUUGGCAUCGUUGCCGCCGGUCCCGCCGGUCGCUUCAUUAAUGUUGGACCUGCUAUUGUUGAACCAUCACCAAUUGAUGUUGGACCUGUGAUCAUCGACGAAUCCCCCAUUGAUGUCGGACCCGUGAUCAUCGACGAAGCACCCAUCGAUGUCGGACCCGUGAUCAUCGACGAAGCACCCAUCGAUGUCGGACCCGUGAUCAUCGACGAAGCACCCAUCGAUGUCGGACCCGUGAUCAUCGACGAAUCCCCCAUUGAUGUUGGACCUGUGAUCAUCGACGAAUCCCCCAUCGAUGUUGGACCUGUGAUCAUUGACGACGCACCCAUCAACGUUGACCCUGUUAUCGUUGAUCCCAAGCUAAGACCUCUCGUCCAAGUCAUCAUUAACGUCAAUUCCAAAAGCCAACCUGAAGUUUCUCCGAUCGAUAUUGGUCCCGUUAUUAUCGACCCCAUGCCAGAACCUCAACCAGAACCAAUAAUCGUUCCUGAGCCAGUAUUCCCAGAACCUCAACCAGAGCCAAUCGUCAUUCCUGAACCAGUACUUCCUGAACCUCAACCCUCUCCCGUCAUCCAAGAACCCGAGGCUCUUAACUAAAUCAUAAUCUACCCUAUAUUAAAAAUAAAAAUACUGCAUAUA